GCUGGGGAGCGCAGUACUGGACGCAACGAGGGACGUGCUGCUGGAUAACGUGUUUUCUGUUAUUCCUGAAGUGUCUUUCGUUUCUCUUUGAUCCAGGGCUUAUCAUGGCUUCCAGUCAUGCUGUGUUGAUGCGGUUGGUAGCUUCAGCAUAUUCUAUUGCUCAAAAGGCAGGAAUGAUAGUCAGACGUGUUCUUGCUGAAGGAGACCUAGGCAUUGUGGAGAAGACAUGUGCAACAGACCUGCAGACCAAAGCUGACCGAUUGGCACAAAUGAGCAUCUGCUCUUCACUGGCACGGAAAUUCCCCAAACUAACAAUCAUAGGGGAAGAGGAUCUGCCUUCUGAAGACGUGGACCAAGAGCUGAUUGAAGAUGGUCAGUGGGAGGAGAUACUGAAGCAGCCAUGCCCAUCACAGUACAGUGCUAUUAAAGAGGAAGAUCUUGUGGUCUGGGUCGAUCCUCUGGAUGGCACCAAGGAAUACACUGAAGGUCUUCUUGACAAUGUAACAGUUCUUAUUGGAAUUGCUUAUGAAGGAAAGGCCAUAGCAGGAGUUAUUAAUCAGCCAUAUUACAACUAUCAGAACAAUGAAAAGCAGAAGUUAAGGGAGCAGAGGGCUGAAGCCAAGGCAGGACCAGACGCUGUGUUGGGGAGGACAAUCUGGGGAAUUUUAGGUUUAGGUGCCUUUGGGUUUCAGCUGAAAGAAGCCCCUGCUGGAAAACACAUUGUCACAACUACCCGAUCCCAUAGCAACAAGCUGGUUACUGACUGUAUUGCUGCCAUGAACCCUGACGCGGUGCUGCCAGUGGGAGGAGCAGGAAAUAAGAUUAUUCACCUGAUUGAAGGCAAAGCCUCUGCUUAUGUAUUUGCAAGUCCUGGAUGUAAGAAGUGGGAUACUUGUGCUCCAGAAGUCAUUUUACAUGCUGUGGGAGGCAAGUUAACCGAUAUCCAUGGAAAUGGUCUUUGUUACAACAAAGAAGUGAAGCAUAUGAACUCAGCAGGCGUCCUGGCCACUUUGAGGAAUUAUGACUACUAUGCAAGCCGAGUUCCAGAAUCUGUUAAAAAUGCACUUGUUCCUUAAAGGGCAGUCUCGUUUACUGAGCGAGGACUUGGUUCUCAAAUUAAUACAUUUGAAAAUUAACUAACUGAAUGGAAAUGAACCUUUUCUUUAUACAUUGAUGAUCAGCAAAUUUAUUAGGAGUAGAAAAUAGAACUAAAGAAUUUAUCUUGAUUAAUUAAUCAACCAGAACAGUUUCUAGAUUUGGAGAAUUUAUGAAGUCAGUAUGUUAUAUUUCUUUUUCUCCUUUUAUUUGGAGAAAUGAAAGAUUUAGUUCUCAUUGACUGUCCAGGUCAAUUGUUUAAUCAACACUCCCAUCGUGUAAACCAGAUUUCUUUAGGGCACAGAAUCACAAGUUACCUGAUCUUAUUCUUGUUUUUCACAGUAAGUUUUAAAGUUUUCCUGUUUCAGUUAUGUAGACACUAAAAUGUCGUUACAUAUGUUGAUGGAACAGACUGAUGGCAAAAGUUCCCUUAUAAUAAAUUAUUUAAUUCUAA